CGUGUAUGCAAAUGGUGAUUGACGGUAACGGAAAGUAACGAAGAUGUUAACGUUACCAUCAAUUUACACAGCAGAGAUAUUGUGUUUUAUCUAAAAUUAGAUGUCUAUUGAAAAAUAUCCUCGUUGUAGUCGAAUAGGUACUUCAAGGUUGUGGCUUUUUCCAGAUCUCAGCUGAGGUGUCGACAGCAACUCAGGUUGAUGUCAUUGGCCGAUUAAAACUUUGCCGUCACCAGUACAACGUGCCAAAACGAGGAUACUAUAAUCAGUGCUUUAACCGUGGACUCUGCAAUAUAUCCUCAGCAAGUGUGCAGACUGCAUGCACCAGUCAGCUGCACCGCCUGCAUGUCUCUGUGUGUCGCCCUGCACCUCGUACAAGGUUCCAUCUGAAAGAAGUGUGUGAGAGGCAGAUUGUGUGUGUGCAUCUGCGUACAUGCAUCACAAUGAAGCACCAGUCUAUCUCCCGAUGGCUGAGCCAGCUGGGACUGCCACAAUACUGCUCAGCGAUGGAGCAGGAAUAUGAUGGUGUAGAGGACCUGCUUCACCUCUCAGAGUAUGACCUCUUGGAGCUUGGAGUCCACAAUCACCUCCACCGCCUCCACCUUCUCACUUCUCUACGCCUCCUCCAGGAGCGAGAGAGGAGGAGAGAUGGAGGGCCAACAUCCAAGUGUCUGUGGACUAAAUUAACUAAAGAGUUGAGGAUGAUGGCCGAGGGGCGUUUUGCCAGUCUGCCUAGGUCCCUCCAUGCACACCACACCGUGGGAGGGGGCACUGCACACCCCGGAGUCCCCUCCACCUCCCUCGGUGUCCCCACCUGCUCCUCCAGGAGGCUCCAGGCCUCUCUCGCCUCCUCCAUGGACCUCCUCAGCUCCAGACCUGGUCUCCCUCCAGGCAGCAGCCUGUCAGAGCUGCCCGCUGCUGCCUACCAGCCAAUCUGCAUUCACGGAACUCUGCCUCGACGCAAGAGAGGAGGGGCCAACUUCGCCCAUGGAAACUGCAAUUGGGAUCCCAGAGCCAAUCAUGCACAGCCGAUACUUUGCAGGAACACAUCACUGACUCCUGGACAUCAUCAACCCAUGACCUCUCCACUGGUCCAAAAUAUUACUGAUGACUUUCAUGGUUACAGGUAA